UGUUCGCGGAGCCGGUGCUGGCAGGGACGCGGCGUGGCGCGAAAUAGACGAAUUUUUGAACAUCAGAGGAAAAAAAAGUUGUGCAUGAAAGUGGAAGGCAUGUUAAGACUGCAGAAGACAUGUCACAAAAUUUGGAUUGGAUUGUCCUUCAGGAGCUGGAAGAGUUGUUGGGAAUCUGAAAGGAGAGCCCGGCUUAUGAAGAAAUGACGUGUAACGGCCCAGAAAACUCGGAAGCUUCUGCCACUUCAGAUGCUGGUUAUGAUCAGGAAUGGGCACAGGAAUGCUAUCGACUAGGAACUUUCGUUAAAUUUCCAUUUGAUUGUCCAGUUUCAGCAUCAGCACUAGCACGAGCUGGCUUUGUUUAUACUGGUGAAGGUGACAAAGUGAAGUGCUUCAGUUGUCAUACAACUAUUGAAGGAUGGGAACAUGGAGAUUCUGCAUCUGAAAGACACAAAAACCUUUCCCCAAAUUGCAAAUUUAUUACUGAAUCUACUUUUUUGGAAAAUAAUGUUCGUCCUGUUGUCCAGAACCGCCCAGAUAGAACUGAAAAUUGUUCCAGCCAUUCAGCCAUCUCCUGUGCUCUAGAUGACUCAUCUGAUGUCGAAGCUGAUUACCUUUUGAGAACUAGGCAGGUUGUGGAUAUGUCAGAUACUUUUUAUCCUAAAAACCCUGCAAUGUGCAGUGAAGAAGCUAGAUUAAAGUCUUUUCAUAACUGGCCCCUCUACGGCCUGUUGACACCAAAGGAAUUGGCAAACGCUGGACUUUAUUAUACAGGUGUUAGUGACCAAGUGGAAUGUUUUUGUUGUGGUGGAAAACUGAAAAACUGGGAACCUAGUGAUAGAGCUUGGUCGGAACACAAGAGGCAUUUUCCCAAAUGCUUUUUUGUCCUGGGCCGAGAUGUUGGAAAUGUUCCAAAGGAAGCUGUUUGUACUGAGUUUGAAAGAAGUGGUCUAAAUGAUGUGCAGUAUCCGAGGAAUCCAUCUAUGGCAGAAUAUGAAAGACGGAUACAAACCUUUUUAGCUUGGAGAUACCCCGUUAACAAGGAGCAACUUGCCAAAGCUGGGUUCUAUAGCAUAGGUAAUGCUGAUCAUGUUGUGUGCUUCCACUGUGGUGGAGGAUUACAAGAGUGGAAGGAGAAUGAAGACCCCUGGGAUCAACAUGCCAAAUGGUUUCCUGGGUGCAGGUUUCUGAGAGAAGAAAAGGGACAAGAAUUUAUAAAUAAUGUUCACUUAAGAGAUGGAUGCAAUGAUUCUACAAUAGAAGCUGCUGAAUUGACAAUACUUCCUAAAGAUGGUCUCUUACAAAAUCAUUUGGUACAAAAUGCCGUACACAUGGGUUUCAGCUUGUCUGAGAUCAGGAACAUUAUGGAAAAGAGAGUGCAGGUGUCUGGAGAAAAUUAUACGUCUGUUGAGGAUCUAGUAGCAGACUUAAUAAGUGCUCAGAAAGAAAAUAAAAUACAAGAAGAAUCAAGUGAAAGCCCACUAGAGAAAGAUCUUAGUACUGAGGAGAAGCUGAGACGUUUACAGGAAGAAAAGCUUUGUAAAAUCUGCAUGGCUAAAGACAUAUCAGUAGUCCUUAUUCCUUGUGGUCACCUAGUUGCUUGUAAGGAUUGUGCUGAAGCAGUUGAUAAAUGCCCUCUAUGUUGUACAAAUAUUAUAAAAAGACAGAAAAUUUUUAUGUAUUAGUCAAAUAUACAGUAUUGAAAAUGCAAAUGUCUCCUCCUCUAUUGCUUUAAAUAUGUGUAAUGCAAUAGCAGAAGGUUGGGUGUUCAGCAGUCUAGCACACAUUUAUGGAGCAUCUCACUUUAGGGAUAAUGUAAACAAAAAAGCUUUAAGCAGCAUCCUGAAAUCUAUGACUUGACAGUCAAAGCUGCUAGAUUUUUGUUUACAGUACCCAUAUUUAACUGCCUCCAUAUUCCUGCUUAGCUUAUUGUGUUUUUACUUCAAUUGAAGUUGUAACCUAAAAUUACUGUAUUCUCAGAUCUUUUGUUUGUAUGAGUGUUCACACUUGUGUUAAUAUACUACAAAAGCAGGAAUUAAAAUAUCCUUUCAUAAAAUGGCAUGGGAAAACUGAGUGUUCUGAUUAAGAAGUAGCUAUGCUGUACUGCUUGAUUGACUUAACAAGUUUCAGAAAGCGUACUGAGUGAAAGGUAGUUUUUUUUCUUCUGCUAUCUACUUAGAGGCUAUGUUUCUGUUAAUAGUCAUUUCUGUUAAUAGUCAACUCUCGUUUACCAAAAAUAGAAUAGGUUAACUUUUUUGUGGAGGCAAGGGUAAAAACAUUUUAAUGGGAGGAAAUAAAUUGCUUUAAAGUAGUAUUUUUGCUGUUGUUCUGAAUAUUUAAUGUGUGAAUUUAUUCUAGAGUUAAAAUUCUUUCUGAAUCACUAGGAUGCUAGUUAAAAUAUCCUAUUUGAUGGAAAUAUGUCUUAUCCCCUACUAGUCCAAUGUUAUUGGUUAGUAUUUUUCUAUUAAUUUUAUUCUUGUCUCUUGCACACCUUAAGAGUUUUAUUUCUGGACCAUCAGUGAGAACUUUUGCUAUGAUGAUUUCUGUUGUUUUUUCCAGACAAGGUUGCCCAAGUCUGAGAUUUCCUAGAUCUUUAAUUAGAUGUUUGUGCUACCACUGAAACAUGUCUACCUUCAUGUCAUUUGUAUUUAUGCUGGUAAAAUUCUAUAACCAAUCUCCAAAUAAUCAUUAACAACCAGACUAAACAAACAUAAGCAACGCACAAAGAAAUAACUCUAGUUCUGAUUUUCUUUUUUUUUUUCUUUCUGAAUUGACAAGUUCGCAACACUCAUAAUUAAUAGACUCCCUUUAAACUACUCUAAAGCUUUUUUAAAAAAACAUAAUUGCCUCCAUAUAGCUGUGACUAACAAAAGAAAGAAGCUUUAAUUGAUGGAUGUCAUCAUGUUAAUCAGAACAGUCAUUCCUAAGUUCAUUUUAUGUGCUGCCUGUAAACAUUAAAAAUGUAGUUAACUCCAGGAUGUAAUCAUGUGGCAUUCCCUAGAUUUUUCUGCUGUCAAGCUCUACAUAUAUUUUAGCAUUUUAAAAGUUACUUUCUUAAUUGAAUAUUUGUAUGUAAAAACUGUUAAUAGAAGGUAAAUAUGUAUCUUUUCUGUAAGUUCAUUUCAUGGACCUGAGUUGGCAAAGUCCAAGUAAUACAAAGAUAUAUUUAUGUGAUUGUUCCUUCACUUAUGUACAGAAUUAGGCACUAUGUAAAACUUGUAUAUGCUACUUGUAGAAAUUCACCUACUUAUUUACAUGUAUAUAGUAUCUGGGGUGUUACCUUCACAAAAAUAUUAUGUAUGAUUGAAAAAGUUACAUUAUUUCUUUACCUUUGGGAUAUAAUUCAGAGAAUAUGUGUAAACCAGCUGUUGAAACUUUCAUCUUCUGUUUGUUACUGUUACUUUGCAAGUUUUUGUUUUGAUUAUAUGAUUUCUGUCUCCCCACUUAAUUUGCUUGUUUAACCUGUGCAAGUUGGUUUAAGUGAACUAUUUUAACCUUUGGUUUUUCGCAGAAAUCUUUGUGUAUAUGGAGUGAGUGUUAAUUUAACUCCAUAAAGGAGAACUCAACAGAAGUGAAAGAGAUUUUGUGUACCUAUUUCCCUUGAUCAGGAAAAGAGCAUCUCUCUCUCUUUUUUUUUUUUUAAUUAUCCAUAAACACCAAAUUGUGUUUAUUGGGUUUUUUCCUCAUAUGUGUAAUAUUUAGCAUUUUCCUAAUUCAUUUUUUUCUGCUAGUAGUUUGUGAUGCUUUUUUCUUAUAAAAGAAGAUUAAACUCUAUCUCCAUUAAAAUCCUUUGCUUUAUCUUUAGUGAACAGUUUGUUUUAAAAGACUCUCAGUUUGUUCUAGUCAGUCCAGCCUGUCAGUUUGCAUUAUUUAAAUUAAAAAGUUAAGAAUUAUUUUAACUAUUGUCAUCUUAAAAGACUUAAAAUACUUUAUACUAGACUAAUCCUGCAUUCUCCAAUUUAAAUUUAUCAUAUUUUUGUAUUUAAGUACAGCUGGUUUAUGAUCACUCUGCUGGAUUAUGUGACUGCUUUAUUUGGUGGAGGUACUACUAAUACAUAUUCUGUGUAUGUAAAAAUUUUAUCUUGGAUACACACUGAAUAAUAUAUUAAUUAAUAAUACUUUAUACAGAAUAUAGUUUUUCACAUGGUAGAAUCUUGAAAUGCAAUAUACAGAAACUCAAUAUCUAUUUUUUUAAUAUUUGCUGUGAUUUUAUGAACAUUCAUACAACUGACAUGAUGCUGUUGUGCAGUUGCAAAUGUUUAUUAUAAAGUGUAAUCCAUUUGUUCCUUGAGUAACACAUUUGAUU